CCCACAACCCCCGUCCCACGUGACCCCGGAGGGAAACACCAGCAGCAAAGGCCAGGCAUUAUUGCAUCCUUUCACAUGCCAAUCCGCCGCAUCCACCACCCCGUCCUCCUCGGCUGCUCGUGUGCGAGGACUGCAAAUACUUAACCCGCUCCCCGCCUCUACUCGUCCCCUUCCUCCAGUCCUCCCAUCUCCCCUCGUCGCCCCUCCUCCCCACCGCCACCGCCCUAGCAACGCGCGCCGCCGUCGAGCCGAGGCACUUGGCGUAUAGCCGUUUCUGCUCCCGCCACUCCUCGAGUCUUGACGUCUCCAUUGAUCCACCCUGCUCGCCACCACCUCCGUCUCUCCCUCCAACACCACCGACAACCACCACUACCUCCCCUCACCACCACUCUCCCUUUCCAGCAUCGACUCCGCCAUGCCUGAGAGAGUGAUUGUCGUCGGCGCCGGCCUUUCCGGCCUGAGCGCCGCGCAUAGCAUCUACCUCGCCGGUGGCAAUGUCCUCCUGCUCGACAAGAUGGGCUUCAUGGGUGGCAACUCCACCAAAGCCACCUCCGGCAUCAACGGCGCCCUGACCCGCGCCCAGGUCGACGGCGAAAUCAAGGACAGCGUCAAGCAAUUCUACGACGACACCAUCAAGUCCGCAAGAGACAAGGCCCGGCCGGACCUCAUCAAGGUCCUUACAUACCAGUCCGCCUCGGCCGUCGAAUGGCUGCAGGAUGUCUUCAACCUCGACUUGACCGUCUUGGGCCGACUAGGUGGCCACUCCUUCCCGCGAACCCACCGUGGUCAUGACAACAAAUUCCCCGGCAUGGCCAUUACCUACGCCCUCAUGCAGCGCUGGGAGGAGAUUUCCGAAAACGAGCCCGAGCGCGUUGAAUUCGUCCUCAAGGCCAAUGUCAAGAAGAUCAACAUGGACGGCCAACGAGCCACGGGCGUCACCUACACCGUGGAUGGCGAGGAAUUCACCGCAGACGGCCCCGUCAUCCUCGCCACCGGCGGCUAUGCUGCCGACUGGACCGAGACCUCGCUGAUCAAGAAGCACAAGCCGGAGAUCUUCGACCUGCCCAGCACCAACGGCCUCCACGCCACCGGUGAUGGACAGAAGAUGCUCAUGGCCAUUGGCGCUAACGGCAUCGAUAUGGACAAGAUCCAGGUCCACCCCACUGGUCUCGUCGAUCCCAAGGAACCCGACUCGCAAAUCAAAUUCUUGGCCGCCGAGGCCAUGCGUGGCGAGGGUGGCCUCCUGCUCAACAACAAGGGCCAGCGCUUCACCGACGAGCUCGAGCACCGUGACUACGUCUCCAACAAAAUGUUCGAGGAGAAGGAGAAGGGCACGUGGCCUAUCCGCCUGGUGAUGAACAGCAAGGCUUGCAGCAACAUGGACUUCCACAUCCGACAUUACUCCGGCCGUGGCCUCAUGAAGAAGCUGACAGGCAAGGAACUCGCCAAGGAGAUUGGCUGCAGCGAGGAUGCGCUGAAGAAGACGUUCGAAGAUUACAACAAGGCGGCCGAUGGCAAGGAAAAGGAUAAGUUCAACAAGAAGUUCUUCAGCAACGGCCCAAUGGAGGUCGGCGACACCUUCCACGUUGCCCUCAUGCACCCCGUGCUGCACUACACCAUGGGCGGUAUCGAAAUCAACGACAAGGCGCAGGUCCUCAACAACGAGAAGAAGCCCUUCUCCGGCCUCUACAUCUGCGGUGAGCUCGCAGGUGGCGUGCACGGUGCCAACCGUCUCGGUGGCUCCUCCCUCCUCGGCUGCGUCGUCUGGGGCCGUGUGGCCGGCGACGGUGCCAGCAAAUACCUCUUCCAAAAGGUGCUCAACGAAGGCUCGGGCUCCGCCGUGUCGCGUGCCGGCCAAAUCAGCCUCCACAUCGACCCCAGCCAGCCCGGCAAGAUCUCCGUGGAAUGGGGCGCGGGUGUCGGCGCCAGCUCCAGCUCACAAGCGUCGUCUUCGCAGUCCUCUGGCCAACAGGCAGCCAAGCCGGCCGACGAGUCAAAGAAGACGCAAAAGAAGCAGAAGGCGAAGUUUGAGAUCCCCGACAAGGAGAUUUCGUUGGAGGAAGUGGCCAAGCAUAACAAGAAGGAGGACCUGUGGGUGGCAGUGAAGGGCCUUGUCAUGGACUUGACCAACUGGGUCGACGAGCACCCGGGUGGUCCGGCCGCGCUGUACUCGCAAAUGGGCAAGGAUGCCACCGAGGAGUUUGAGAUGUUGCACGACGACGAGGUCAUUCCCAAGUACGCUCCGCAUGUGGUCAUUGGAAAGGUGAAGGGGCAGGAGGUUACGUUGGAGUACUAGUCGAUGCGCUUGGAGAAUGGGGAGUAUUCAUUAGCAUGUCGAAUGUAUUGCGCUUGGCCUUGUGCAAUUCUUUGGAUGUAUAUACCAAUUGUCCUGGGUAGUUGAUUGAAUGGAGCUUUCACAUGGCACAAAUUCCGCGAAUCAUCCAGCCUCUCCGCAGCUACCGAUGCGUCCUGCCGCAAUCGGAGCCCACUCUUUUAUAUCGACACCACCCUCGACGC